CCCUCCCUCUAAAACCACUCUGUGUGGGGAACAUGAGAGCCAGACCAAAGCUCAGAGGAACCCACCUGGACCUCCACCCAGCUGUGUGUCCUUAAAGAGCAGCGACUCUAAAGAUCACUACGUUGAUUUUAAAGCCCAGCCAGAGUCUGCUGCAGAGAGAGUUAACGAGGAGAGCCCAGAGAUUCCCAGUGGGCAGGCCUGCCAGCAGCAUCAAGUAGAUCUUGACCCUAUAUUUAUGCUCCUGCAGAACAACAUCAUCACUUUCGUGAGGAACGAACUGGAGAGGAUCCAGAAAGCUUUAAGCUCAUGUGACUCAGAAUACUUGGAAUGUCAAGGGGGUUGUACGGAACUGUUGGAAGGUGAGGAUGAAGUGCAGAGGAAGAGCACCAGAGAGGCAUUUAUGAAGAUCACGCUACACUUCUUAAGAAGCAUGAAGCAGGAGAAGCUGGCAGACCAUCUACAGAGCAGAACUUCUAUUAGGGGCUUGUGUUGGAGUCAGCAUAAACUUAAGUCCAACCUGAAGAAGAAGUUCCAGUGUGUGUUUGAGGGGAUCGCUAAAGCAGGAAACCCAACCCUUCUGAAUCAGAUCUACACAGAGCUCUACAUCACAGAGGGAGGGACUGCAGAGGUCAAUGAUGAACAUGAGGUCAGACAGAUUGAAACAGCAUCUAGGAAACCAGACAGACCAGAAACAACAAUCAGACAAGAAGACAUCUUUAAAGCCUCACCUGGAAGAGAUAAACCAAUCCGAACAGUGCUGACAAAGGGAGUGGCUGGCAUUGGGAAAACAGUCUUAACACAGAAAUACACCCUGGACUGGGCUGAAGACAAAGCCAACCAGGACAUCCAGUUCAUAUUUCCAUUCACUUUCAGAGAGCUGAAUGUGCUGAAAGAGGAAAAGUUCAGCUUGGUGGAACUUGUUCAUCACUUCUUUACUGAAACCAAAGAAGCAGGAAUCUGCAGCUUUGAAGACUUCCAGGUUGUGUUCCUCUUUGAUGGUCUGGAUGAGUGUCGACUUCCUCUGGACUUCCAGAAAACUACAAUCCUAACUGACCCUAGAAAGUCCACCUCAGUGGAUGUCCUGCUGAUAAACCUCAUCAGGGGGAAACUGCUUCCCUCUGCUCACCUCUGGAUAACCACACGACCUGCAGCAGCCAAUCAGAUCCCCCCUGUAUGUAUUGACAUGGUGACAGAAAUUAGAGGGUUCACUGACCCACAGAAGGAGGAGUACUUCAGGAAGAAAUUAAGAGAUGAGGAGCUUGCCAGCAGGAUCAUCUCUCAUAUCAAGACAUCACGAAGCCUCCACAUCAUGUGCCACAUCCCAGUCUUCUGCUGGAUCACUGCCACAGUUCUGGAGGAUGCUUUUAAAACCAGAGAGGGAGGACAGCUGCCCAAGACCCUGACUGAGAUGUACAUCCACUUCCUGGUGGUUCAGGCCAAAGUGAAGAAGGUCAAGUAUGAUGGAGGAGCUGAGACAGAUCCACACUGGAGUCCAGAGAGCAGGAAGAUGAUUGAGUCUCUGGGGAAACUGGCUUUUGAUCAGCUGCAGAAAGGAAACCUGAUCUUCUAUGAAUCAGACCUGACAGAGUGUGGCAUCGAUAUCAGAGCAGCCUCAGUGUACUCAGGAGUGUUCACACAGAUCUUUAAGGAGGAGAGAGGACUGUACCAGGACAAGGUGUUCUGCUUCAUCCAUCUGAGUGUUCAGGAGUUUCUGGCUGCUCUUCAUGUCCAUCUGACCUUCAUCAACUCUGGAAUUAAUCUCCUGGAAGAACAAAAAACAACCUCCCAGAAGCCUGAGACAAAAGAAUUUGCAGAGAAAGACUUCUACCAGAGUGCUGUGAACAAGGCCUUACAGAGUUCAAAUGGACACCUGGACCUGUUCCUUCGCUUCCUCCUGGGUCUUUCACUGCAGACCAAUCAGACUCUCCUACGAGGCCUGCUGACACAGACAGGAAGUAGCUCGCAGACCAAUAAGGAAACAGUGCAGUACAUCAAGGAGAAGCUUAAUGAGAAUCUGUCUGUAGAGAAAAGCAUCAAUCUGUUCCACUGUCUGAAUGAACUGAAUGAUCGUUCUCUAGUGGAGGAGAUCCAACAGUCCCUGAGAUCAGGAAGUCUCUCCACAGAUAAACUGUCUCCUGCUCAGUGGUCAGCUCUGGUCUUCAUCUUACUGUCAUCAGAAAAACAUCUGGAUGUGUUUGACCUGAAGAAAUACUCUGCUUCAGAGGAGGCUCUUCUGAGGCUGUUGCCAGUGGUCAAAGCCUCCAACGAAGCUCUAUUGUCUGGCUGUAACCUUUCAGAGAGAAGCUGUGAAGCGCUGUCCUCAGUUUUCAGCUCACUGAAAAAGCUCGACCUAAGUAACAACAACCUGCGUGACUCAGGAGUUAACCUUCUGUCUUUUGGACUAAAGAGUCCAAACUGUACACUGGAAUCUCUCAGGCUGUCAGGCUGUCUGAUCAGAGAUGAAGGCUGUACUUCUCUGGCCUCAUCACUGAGUUCCAACCCCUCCCAUCUGAGAGAGCUGGACCUGAGCUACAAUCAUCCAGGAGGCUCAGGAAUGGAGCUGUUGUCGGCUGGACUGAAGGAUCCACGCUGGAGACUGGACACUCUCAGGGUGGAGCCUGCUGGAGUCCGAUGGUUGACACCAGGUCUGAGGAAGUAUUUCUGUCAACUCACAAUCGACACAAACACAGUUCACACAAACCUCCAACUGUCUGAUGACAACAACAAGGUCACACAUGUGAAGGACAUUCAGUCAUAUCCUGAUCAUCCAGACAGAUUUGAUGUUUAUGAACAACUGCUGUGUAGAAAUGGUCUGACUGGUCGCUGUUACUGGGAGGUCGAGUGGAGAGGAGGGGUUUAUAUAUCAGUGAGUUACAGAAGAAUCAGAAGGAAAGGAAGCAGUGUUGACUGUUUGUUUGGACGGAAUGAUCAUUCCUGGAGUCUGCUCUGUUCUGAUGGUGGUCCUUGUUCUGCCAGGCACAAUAACAGAGAAACAUCCUCCUCCUCCUCUUCAUCCUGUGUCUCUAACAGAGCAGCAGUGUAUGUGGACUGUCCUGCUGGCACUCUGUCCUUCUACAGAGUCUCCUCUGACACUCUGAUCCACCUCCACACCUUCAACACCACAUUCACUGAAACUCUUUAUCCUGGGUUUUAUUUUUUUCCUGGUUCAUCAGUGUCCCUGUGCUGAGUUGACUGUAAAGAGUGCCCUCCUGUUACAGAAAAGCUCUGACUGUUGAACAGAUGGUUCAGUCUGUAUAUGUCCGUCUCUUUCACUCGGAAAUACGUUUUAGGAUUCAUGGAUUCACUCAGUUGAUGUUGUAAAUGAUUCGUUGUAAACGUCUUCCUCUUCAGUCCUUUAAAGAUUGAAGCUAUCAUUAUUUAGGAUCCACAUGUUGUUUUUCUAUCUUUUUCCACCCAAAGCAUGACAUUUGCAAUGUCACUAAUGCUCUAGUUGUUUUAGUCAUUUUUGGAACCAGGACAGGAAGGAAGGUCUUCACAGAGAAGAUAACAACAGUUUUUGAGGAGAGAUUUGGGAGUUUCCAAGGUACACCUAAAUUUAGCACAACACAGCAACUGCACUACAUCUUUUCUGUAGGAAAGAUGUUCCUAAAUAGAUUUCAAGUCUGAACUGAAUUGAAUAAAUUCAAUGUAUUUGCUGCA